GUUUCCCGUCACGCACGCUUGCACGCAUCUGUGAAUACCGCGCCAUGUUACUCUUCUGCCCAACAUGCAGCAACAUGCUGCGCGUCUCGCGCGUGCCCCCCGGCGACCCAACGAUCGAAGACUCAGUGGGCCAGAACCGCUUCGAAUGCCUGACAUGCCCGUACCACUUCGUCAUCAACAAGCGCUACUACGAGCGCAAGUACAUGAAGAGGAAGGAGGUGGAGGAUAUCUUGGGCGGGAAGGGCGCGUGGGAUAAUGUGGAUAAGACACCGGUGCAAUGCCCGAACGAGAAAUGCAGGAAUCACGAGGCGUAUUGGUAUCAGCUGCAGAUUCGCAGUGCGGAUGAGCCUAUGACGGCGUUUUAUAAGUGUACAAAAUGCGGAAAGGAAUGGCGCGAGUAAAUUUGAUUGCACAUACCACAUGGAGUUUGGGAGCUUUGGGUUUGCGGUUUCGGUAUACCCCGGUUGAUAUUGUACGAGGUCGAGUGCGAUUAUAUGCAUACGUUCAAUAUAUGCAAUUCCUCUUCCAUACCCAUCUAUUUCAUUACAUUUUAUACCCACCCAUUACCA